CAACCCCACCCCACCCCACCCCCUCUGUUUCUUGAUCCCUCAUAAUAAACCCUUCGCCAUUGACCCCUACCAACAGCCUUAUACUACAGCACACUUCCACUCAAAAACCAUCACAAAUUUAUCACAAGAAAAAUCAAGAAUCCUUCGUGUAGUAAGCCAAGAACUGAUAACGAAAAUGUCUUUGAGCAAAACUCUACUUCUUGCUCUUUUUCUCCUCUAUCUUUCCCAUUUCACAACUGGAAAAAAACCAAACAAAUCAUCAUCUUCUACUGACCUCGUCCGCACAUCUUGUAUGCACGCCAGCUAUCCGACGAUUUGCGUCAGAACACUUUCCUCCUACUCAGGUUCAGCAAUCAACACACCUCAAGAUUUAGCUCAAGCCGCUGUAAAAGUAAGCCUUUCUCGAGCCCAAAAAGCGUCUGAUUUUCUCUCCGAACUGAAAGUUCAAAGCAAAAGAGAAAAAGGAGCAUUGAGUGAUUGUGUCGAACAGAUGGGGGACACAAUGGACGAGCUUAGCAAAACUCUAUCAGAACUCAAACAUUUGAGCAAAGGGAAUGCAUUUAAAUGGCAAAUGAGCAAUUUGGAGACGUGGGUCAGUGCUGCUUUGACAAAUGAAGAUACUUGUAUUGAUGGGUUUAAGGAAAUUGACGGCAAAUUAAGGUCUGAUGUGAAACGCAAGAUUAUUAAUGUUGCUAGAGUUACUAGUAAUGCACUUUACCUUAUCAACCGACUUGAUGAUCCUAGGAACAAAAUUGCUACUCAUCCUUGAUUAUUCGGUUGGUUAAAUUAAUCUUUUUUAUGGUAACUAUAUUUUUAUAAUAUAAACUAUUGUAAUAUUUGUGCAAAUGUAAUGUAAGAUUGUCUAAAUUUCAGUUUGGUACCUAUUCUUGUG